ACAUUUACAGGUCUUGUUGAAUGCAUUUGGCGUGGAUCUAGAUUCUAGUCUUUUUUUAUGACGCUCCCAAAGUUAUUUGAUCAAGUGUUAGUUCUGGGAUAAAGAAAACUACAUCAUGGCUGACAGUGUGCUGAAAGUCAAUAUUGAGGAACCACGUUAUGAUCAGUCUUCAUAUGCAGGAAGGGCUAAACAUUUUUUCAUCACAACAAACCCACUCAAUUUAUUUGUCUCUGGCCAAGCUUUAGAUGAAGCCAAAGAUAUCGUAGAGAAAUACAGGAAAGGGGAAUCUAUUCAGGGUUUAACCGAGGAUAAACUAUGGAGGGCAAAACAAUUGUACGACUCUGCUUUUCAUCCGGAUACCAAGGAGAAAAUGUUUUUAAUUGGAAGGAUGUCAGCGCAGGUGCCAAUGAACAUGACUAUUACAGGAUGCAUGAUGACCUUUUACAAGACAACACCAGCUGUUGUCUUUUGGCAAUGGUUUAACCAAACCUUCAACGCUAUUGUGAACUACACCAAUCGUAGUGGAGAUACCCCUGUAUCACCUCAGCAGCUUGGAGUAUCUUAUGUGCUGGCCACAGGAGGAGCUGUCACCACAGCUCUCACACUGAAUAAUGCUGUGAAGAAACUGCCCGCCUUGGUAGGGAGAUUUGUACCUUUUGCUGCUGUUGCUUCUGCCAACUGCAUCAAUAUUCCCUGCAUGCGCAGCCGGGAAUUAAUGGAAGGUAUACCAGUGUUUGACGAGAAUGGCAACAGAGUUGGGGAGUCGACUAGGGCAGCUUCCAGUGCUAUAUCCCAGGUGGUUGUGUCAAGAAUCAUUAUGGCCAUGCCAGGAAUGAUGAUUCCUCCAUUUAUCAUGAACUAUCUGGACAAAAAGCCCUUCUUGCGAAGAAUGCCGUGGCUGAAUGCUCCAAUUCAAGUGUCAAUCAUUGGAGUUUUCUUGGCCUUUGCAACUCCUCUAUGCUGCGCACUCUUCCCCCAGAAGAGUUCCAUGUCUGUCGCUCGGCUGGAGUCUGGAGUACGAGAAAAGAUUGAAGCUUUGCCAAAUCCGCCUACAGUUGUUUACUUUAACAAGGGACUCUGAGCACAUUCUGGAUGGACUUAAGUGAACUAAUGUGGAAAUUACAAUCUGCAUCGUGGGUGUUUGUUUGUUUGUUUUUUUUGUUUUUUAGUGUGCCAUUAUUGUGAGUGUAAUACUUUUCUUCUUUGUUAAAGAAAGAACUGAAUAAUCAUAUGUAGAAAUGCACUAGAGCAUAAGAUGUCUCUAAAAUGCACUUCUGUUUGUUGGUUAUGAAAUUGUUAAUGUAGAGGAUAAAUAAUGUCUUCCAGGGGUGAAGAUUUAUGACUUUGUUUUUGUGAUAGAUAGCAAAUUUUAAAUGUUGAAUGUUUACAUUGACGUGAUGGGCUGUGUAGAUGUCAUUGCUCAUGAAUUUUGCAGAGCAUUUUGUUGCUAUAGACCUGGGGAGAAAGGUUAAGCAUCAUUAGAGUUGACAAGAGGUCUGCUUGUCUGUUUGGUCUAAAUUAAAUGUCAAAUUUUACAAACUAAGACUACAACUGAUUAAGACUGUAAGCUUUGACUGAAAGUUAACAUAAUAGAAAAUAAAAUGACAUAACUGAUCUGUUAUUUGGAUGGUGUGGCGCAAAAGUGUAAGGAAUGUCCACCUCUUGACCCAAUAUAUGCAUAUCAAGGGACCACCACUAGCUGCAUGCGACAUUUUCGUUGUCUGAUAUGAACCCCUCCCUCAUUAGUGACUGAGAUAAUUUCUAAUGACUGGGCAAAAUGUUUUUUAUUAGAACUAUAUGCUAAGCCUAAUUGCUAAGCAAUUUUCCGUGCUUUGGACUAAUCAGGUUUUUUUAAGAGGGGUAUAUCCCCUCGGGUUAAAAAGAAAGAAAAUGUGGGAAGUUUCAGGGGAGCUUGUCCCUCUGCUUGUCACCAUAGUUUAACAUUUUGCAAUUAGGUUUGAAAUUUUCUUGAAAAUAAUUGAUUUGUGACAGUUUUAGUGGCCAUAUGUGUGAUGUGCAGCCCAAAGCACAGCUGUUUGACCCCCUAAUGCAGUGGAUCUGUGUGUGAGAGUGAAGGUAAAAAUUUACUGGUUGCCUUUGUUCCUAGUUACUUGUACGGGGGAAGACAAAGGAACAGCGGGACUGCAUGCACAGACCACUAGUUUUGGUUGUUGGGCAUUCUCUAAACUUAUCGUUGUGGGGAUGGAAUUGUUGACUUUUUUGUGCAUUAAUAACAUGCAUACAAAAUCUGAAAACUUUUGGAAUCUCUUACCACUUUGUAAUUGUUGUAAAUGUUUGUUUUGUUUUGCUAUACUCUUUUGAAUAAGGUUUAAUCUGGGAAAUUAAGUGUACAAUUCUUCAAAAGAAUCAGCAAUUCUGUCUUUUUAAGAACUGUUUGUAUUAAUGUAAACUGAUAUUAUCUUGGUGACAACAUGUCAACGUAUUAAUAGAAUGGUCCCAAACGCUGUUAAUUUAAAUACAAGGGAUACCACUUUUAACUUUGUACGCUGCUUCAGUUUUUGAGGGUUUUGAAUACUCAAAAUAGGAGGUGAAAUUUAUAAAGAUUUAUGUCAAUGGAAACAUUUACUUUUCUAACCUUUCUCAAUAUUGAUGUUAAAAGAAGUGCAACAGAUUAUCUGAAAAAAGUCUUGUAUGAACAAUGCAAUUGAGUUCUCAAAAUCGUGAUCCACCAUAUAUUUUUUUAAUGGUGUUAUAUACACCUAUAUACAUACUGUGUUUUUUAAGGUGUACAAGAGAAAGAACCCCAUUUUUCUAUCAUAGUUUCUUUUUCUUACUUUGUUGUUCUAUGUUGAAUAAAAUAUUAUUCAGGAUAUUUUAGCAGCAGUCAAGCCCAGAGAUUGACCAGAAAGAGUUUUUCAUAUAUAGAUAAUGAUAUAAACACCUUUUAUGAGAUUUCCCUGAAGCUAAGCUCAGAGGUUGACCAGUUUCUCAAGAGGUAAAUGCUCGUCUUUUGUGAAACUUUGCUGCAACCAAGCCCAGAGAUUGAUGACAUAAAGUUUACUUUGGGGCUAAUGCUCUUUUUUUUUUUUUUUUAGAUUUCCCUGCAACUUAGCUCAGAGAUUACCAGAAAGAGUUUUUCAUGAGGUUAAUGCUUGUCUUUUGAAAUUUCUCUGUAACUCUGCCUAGCAUGCCUAGAGAUUGACCAGAAAGAGUAUUUCGUGAGGUUUCUGCUCAUCUUUCACGAGAUUUCCCUGUUAACGCACUUAUAUUUGCCAAUAUUGCUCAUGGAUGGAAAGAAAAGAAGUUGCUGACCUGAGAAUUUGGAAGGAAAAAUUUGCUUUGUCAGUGUGUGGGUGGCAGAGAUUAUGUUUAGAUUUGACUCUGAGAUAUUAUAUUUAUCUUGGCUGUCUGUGUUUCAGUGUUUUGAUGCUCACCAGUACUUGUUUUCAUUUGCUGAUGGAGUUUUGGCACAAGUUCACUUGCAGAAUGUGGCUGGUCACUGUUCAAGGGUAGUUUUCCUAAUGGUCCUGAGAACUGCUUUGUAAUGCACUGAGGAUCAUUAGUUGCUUUAUUUUUAGGGUAUUGUGAAGAAAGAAAUGGUAUCAAAUUGAUCUUUGCAUCCUCAGAGUUGACCUAGACUAUACCCGGUAUCAAGUUCUCUUUUCUAUUUUCCAAAGUGGUCCUUGUACCAUGGCUAUGCCUGUGUCUGAGGUGAUGAAUGAGAGACUAAACUUGCCACAAGGGCUUACAUUGCCUGCAAACUAUCACUUGAUUCACCUGCAGUUCUACAAAUUGUAAAAGAAAAUAUAUGGGAAAGAAGCAUACGGGCUCAUCAUCCUUACACUCUUGAAGUCUCUCUGGGGAAGGGGGUACUGGGCUGUGCUCUGAUGUGCAGAGACUAGCAUGAUGCAUCACAGACCAACUCAUGAUGGAAACCAUCAGAAGCUCUAUUCUUGGUGUGCUUUUUCAGUUGGGAUUGGGGGGGGGGGGGGGGGGGGACUGCAAUGGACUCAUCCUGACUGUUGAUCCUUGGUCUUUGAACAAAUAGUAAAAUAGUCAAAACAACUUUUGAAGUUAACAUUUACGGGUUUAUGUUGUACUUGUGUAUUUGUAUGUGAAAGGUAUGUGUAAGUAGUACUUUCCUGAAAAAGAUGGGCUGCUAACACUCUUUUUAGUGGGAUCCCCGGUGAAUUUGCUGCUCAAAUGUUACUAAGUCAGGUUGGAUAAGUCAUUCCAUGUGUUUGAAAAUGGAUGGGUAUUCUUUGCAAGAAUGGCAUUCCUUCUCACCUAGAACUUCUGGUAGUCUGAAACACACUGGACGCAACUUGGUUCUCCAUGAUUGUUCUUAGUUUUUAAUGAUAUUUUUAUAUUUGAAAUCACAACAUGCUGUUUGAUGGUUGUAGCGGUAACUGUUCUCAUUAAAAUGUGCUGAAAGGAAAAUACCCAAAACAUGCUUUCUAUUAUAUUAUUUGUGUUGGCAUCUUUACCCAUUUCAUAAAAGUGUCAUGAAGGCUUUCUUCACAUCGCACUUAGUUGUGCAUUUAACACUUUCCACCCAUGCAGCGCGCACAAUACUUGUCUUCACGGACCAUGAUGGAGAUGCGGUACAUAAGUGCUAUACCUGUAUCUUGGUAAUAAUAUCCCUACCAAUAUAUGAAAUUUUCAGCAUGUUAAGAAAAUUGAAUGUUCGCAUGGUGACCAAAAAACAAAUUAGAAACAGAGCUGAAAACAUUAGAUCUUGCACAUUCAUCGCCCGAAUUCUCAUCAUGGCGUAAGUCUAAAGCGGCACUCAUGCCAAGUCUAUUUGACAUUUUCCACAAAAAAAUUUACUCCAGUUGCUGUAAACAAACUGAUUUUUCACCUCAAAGUCCACACAAACCAUUCAGAAAGGAAAUUAUAACUUUAACUAGUGUGAAUGUCAAAAAGGAGAUAAUUGCUACAACAGUUUUGUUGCUCUAUCACACCGUCACCGAUCGGUGUCCUUUGGGGGGAAGUGUUAUGUUAAGGGGAUCUGGUGCCUGUUAGGUUUUCAUGGGAGCAGAUAGUGUACUUUUAUGUCAGCCAAUGAACAAGUCCAGUCAAAAGUCAUGGUAACUGUUUGUCCAUACAUUGAAGAAGAGCUAUUAGUAUCACUCAUCACUUCAUAAAGGGGCUCACUGAUUCAUGUAAAAUGCUGUCUUUUGUUAUUCAGACGACAUUCAUUUAAUUGAAAUGUUAAGAGGGUUUGUAAACUAAAUUUAAAGAAAAAAAACAACCUUAAAUGCCUUCUGCUGCCCAGUGUUCGCUGUGCUUAUGAUUGUCCUGUGUUUGUUUACUAGAUUCUGUGAAUGUGGAGAGAUGUAAACUUCCAUUAGUAGAUCUUGGGCUUUCAAUGUUUUUGUAGUUAUGGCAUCAGGUGGCUCUUUGAGUGGUAAGUUUUUAAAGGUGUGUGAAAAGGUAAAUGACUCUGGAGACCCCAGUCCAUUUUACCUUUUAUUUUUGCAAUGACAACGAUUUUACUUACCUUACAUAUAAAAUAGUGUGAUAAAGUUUGUUAUGCUGUGAAAAGCUGAAAUGUUUUUGUAUAUUUUAGUAUUUGUUACAGUAUUGUACGUGAUCAACUGCAUUAUUACAGAGAAUUUUUUAAAAUUAGACUGAUGUCAGUAGUGUAAAGUUUUUUCUCUUUUUAUGGAAAAUAUGUACAAUUUCAGUAGGAGGUAGUCUAUUUUAUUGUACUGUGUGUCUUUCUCUUUUCGCUGGAAUGCUGUUUCCUCCUCAGUUUGGGUUGACGUAAAGUGACAGGGUCAUAGUAGACUUCUCCUAAGUGGUCUAAAUUGUAUGAAAUGGCUUGUAAAACAUUUACAAUAACCUGUUUUCUUAUAGUAGGGCUUGUGGGUGAGUUAUAUUGUCAUUUUGAAAGGUGAUCUGGUUUUUCGUUUUGCUUCUUUAUAGUAUGCUUUUUGUAUUUUUAAAUCUGUAGAUAUGUGCCUCUUUUUUGGUGAGUGAUAUAAUAUAAUAUAUUAUACCACUGUUACAGCUUUCUGUGCUUUCUGUUCUUUUGGUACAGGGAUGUCAUGAGUUGAAAGGCUGAACAGAAUAUUGAUACAUAUAGCUAGCUAUACUAUAAACCUCUUCAACAAAGUUAAAUUACUUUAAGAAAUAUCAAUUUUUGUUGAAUGAUAACUGUUUCUAGAUGACAUGCGCUGGUUGUUAAGUUUUUUUUCACCUCCCAAAUGAUGUAAAUAAUUUUACAAUAGUCGGAUGCGGACUUCAUAUUACUACUAUAUUUUCAAAAUUGUUUUUCUUUUUGUGUAUUCAUAAUUGUAUAGCAAACGAACACUUGAGAAGAUCUAACGCAGGCCUGUACAUGAUGCAUAAAAUUAAUUGUAAACUUUCUUCACUUUGAAUUUUGUUUUGGCGUUGCUUGUGAUUUCUUUUAAAACAGUUUUCAGAUUCAAAGUUGAGUGAAUUCUUGAAUGCUGUGGCUAGCUGGAUGUCAUUGCAAAGACAGUCUUGAAUAUGAGAUAUCUGUAUAAAAGAGUUUUGAGUGUAGUCUUUGCCAGUACUCCAUCUCUUUAAUCUCCACAACGGUUUCUCUUGGGAAUCUUGUUUAACUAUAACUUAAACUAUUGCCUCUCACAACUAGUUACCUCUUCCUAACUCUCAAUUUUUGUCCAUCUUUAUCAACUUUAUGUUUUGUUUUCACAAACUGGGUUUGAGUCUGUCUCAUCAUUCUUUUAACUUCCACACUUUUCAGUGUCAGACUUGGCUGUUAACUAUAGCUAACUUUGAACCCCUUAACCCUUUUUGGACCCCAAAUUAUCAGUACUUGGAGAAAAGGUAUAAAAAGACGCUAAUGAGUUUAUGCUUAAAAUAGGGGCUUGUGGGCACUCAGCAUUUGGUCUGUUACUGCUUGAUUCAGAGUAACUGUCUUACACUUAUAUCCCUCAAAUGAAACUCCAUAGUCCAUAGGAUUCAAAUUGGUUCAUGUCUUUCAUCCCUUUCCAGUGGUUUACAUAGCUUCCUUUUGUUUGUCUCCUUAGUGCGUUUUUAUUUUCAUCCAUUUUUCCCACUUGGCUUUGUCCUUUUGGAGAUGGAUGUUAAAUUCGGAGGCAUCAACUCCUAAAUAACCUUACAGUAUUGCAAGGGGUGUUAAACCUCUAAAUUUCACGCUUUAUUUUGAGUCCUGACCAGAGUCGAAUAAUUGUAGCUUAAAAUCUGGUGGUUCUUAAGCAACAGAAGCUAUCAUACAUCCCUUAAAUGUAGCUCUAAAGUGCAUAUGGUUCAAACUGACUCUUGCCUUUUGUUCCCACCCAGUCAUUUAUGGAGCUUUCUUUCGUUAGUCCAAGUGGUGUGUAGCUGUCCUGGCCACUGUUGCUUGAAAUCUGGUGGUAAAAAAAAAUCAGUUUGCUGACAGCUUAUGUUUCUGGACAGACUCUUGUACUUGUACUAUAUCUGCGUUUUUCUGUUCUUUUUCUGAUAUGUUGGUGUGUCCUGAAUUUUGAAAUUCUAGUUGCGUUCAGGAAGCAAUCACUACAAAUGUGGUGGUCAGUCAUUUUGAAGAAUGCUAUGUUUAGGGAACAAAUUUACAAGUUAUGUAAGUUGACAUGAGUUGGUUCGCAAUAACAAGGACAUGUGUUGGUCGAUUAUUCAUACAAAGAAUCAAUUUGUGAGUAAUCUAUGCUGUUACCUCAAUCUUGGUGACCAGUUUUUUUCCCUCCCCCUAUAAGAUAAUAUUCUAUUUUGUUGGAGCUUUCAGUGAUCUAUUGUACAUUUUUACACCUAAGUUCCUCAUCUUAUGCAAUAACUUAUAUCCUGUUGUUUUGUUGUUAUUCAUCUCUCAUUCCAGCUUUCUAGUUGUUGAAUAGCACUAGAUCUCAACUUGCAUGUUAGUCAAUAAAUUUUAUCUACUUUUUAAGCCUCCUCCACCAGUCGUCGCCUCCACCCUUUUAUUUUGAUCGCACUGAUGGUGUUUUUUGUUAAGUUACUUUUAUUGUGCUUUUACCUGUAGAUGAACACAUAGAAAAGUACUUCUGUUUUCUAAAGCUCAAUGUACAAACCAAAUAAGACACAUGAAAAUCAAUGCCCGUGUAGACUGGGCAGAAAUAAUGUUGUAUCUGAGUGCAUAGAGGGCAAAAUGUUGUGGAAAGUUUCCUUUUGACUUGGGGGGAGGGGGAGAUUGGAAGUUUCAGGGAAUAAAUAUAAAGCAAUUUCUGCAUGACAAGUUUCCUUUCUAACCAUUGCUAUCAUGACUGCUUCUUUACACUUGUUAUAUUCUUGUUAUAGGUUUCCUUCUCCUAGGUUCAUCUCAUAUAUCUCUUCCGGCUGAAGGUUCUUGCUCUAUCCUUUGUCUGAUUGACUCAUUCCCGCUCUCAAUGAUAGUCCCAAUGUUAGAAGUAUGUUCCACCAAAGUCACACCCUGACAUUUAAACAAGUUAAUCUUUUGCGUUUCUUGGAGCUACAUAUGUUAGUUAAUAAUUUUUUUUACAAAGACUUUGUGUACCAAAUUCAUGCCUUUACUUGUGUGCUUGAAAACAAACAGUCAGCAUGGGCUGAGAACACAGUGUUUGCUUGGUACAUAAAAAUCGUUUUAAUUCUUUCAAUUACGAAAGUGAUUGUACAGAUUUCUACAAGUUGUUUACAGAACUUGAUUUUUUUAUUUAUGUCUUCUGAAAAGAAAUAAUAUACAGAAAGAAAAUAAGUUUCAAGACAUAGACUUGUUGUUUGUGCAGUGUUGAAAGCUGCUCAGAAAAUGGACAAUAGCACCUUUUCACUGAUUUUUCCUUUUUCCCUUAUGUAUAUUCUUUGAAAGUUCAGCUUAUUUUACCGAUCCUACUAAUAAAUCACUUAAAAAAUAUAAGAACCCUUUGAUAUGCAAAGCACAAAUACUUUCCAUUUUUUAAAAUGUACUUUUCUUGUUGAAUUGACUUUCGACUUACUGAGAUGUUGCAAGAUAUAUAGAAUAAAGGGAGAUGAAAUGAUAA